GGGCAUUAGUGUUACUUGUUUCAUGUUUGUUACAGGAGCAUGCUGUUGGAUUUCAAGAACAUUGUAAAGGAAAUACUUUCAUGUUUCUUUUACUACUAUGUUCAACUUGAUAUUAAAUCCAGUUUCCCAAGAAAGAUUGCUGUGACAGUACAAUAUCCUAGUGGGACAGUCAGACGCAUUGUAAAAGAAGAGAAGUAUUUGAAAAUUUGCAAGGCCAUUUCCAGAGGACAAAACGUGGAGGAACAGAUCAUCCAUACCCUGUCAAAAUCAAAUCCUGAAGAAGUGAUUAAGGGAGCCUCACGUAUAGUAGGUGCUGAAGCCAGAACCAUAUGUAAAAGAAAUUCUGGAUCCCAACUGCAACAAAAAGAUUACACAGAUUUCAUGUCGUUUUCCUGGGACAAACUCAACCAAGAGCUUCAAGUCAGAGCACCACAUUCACUUCAGAUCAUAUCAGCAAUCGUUAGUGACACUCCAAGCCAAUUGAACUAUGUCCAUACAUUGUGUACAGUUGCUUCUGCACUCCAUUCUCGAAGUCUUCAGAUGUCAUUUUUGCAUUAUGCAGUGGGCUUCAUUCUGACUCAUGGUGGAUGUACAAAUCGAGAUGUUGAAAGACUGUGUCGUUUAGGAUUGAGUGUGUCACCAUCAUCAAUCCAGAGAAAACUUACCUCAUGGCAUGAGUAUGUUGAUAAAGAACUGAUAGAGGUGAAAAAUGAAUGGAUGUCAGGAGACCAUUAUAAGCGAUAUCAACUGGUUGGUGAUAAUUGGGAUAAAGAUAUAGUUCCCUCUUACAGGACAACAGAGAGAGGCACAUUAUCAUUACAUCUGUUCAAUGUCAUAGCUGUGGUUGAUAGAGUACCAGUUCAAAGGGGUCAGAGUGUGGAUGAUCUGAGGAACAAUCCUGAGCCAGUCUUGUAUUUGCCAACUAUACCGGAGCAGAGAGUCCUGGAAGAUGAGCUGGUAUUCUUAUUUGCAACAUCGAUCAUACACAAUAUACCAGUGAUGGAACAGUUGGAGGCCAUUUAUCCUUCUUACAUUGAGCAUCCUUACAGUGCUUAUGCAGGAAUAAAAACCAAACAGUAUUCCCUGGGCUUGUAUGACUGUGAUGAGAAGAAAACCACAGAUAUGAUCCAACUAUUGCAGUCAUUACAAAACAAGUAUGCUUUGUCACAUGGUGAUGGAUCAUUCAAGGAACCUGUAUUUUUUGGAGGAGACCGUCUCACUGAUGAACGAGUCCAGUGUGCUCAAGCUGCAAUGAGGAAUGGGCAAACUCCCUCUGAUAGACUUGAAGGGUUCAUUUCUAAGAUUGAGGAUUUUCAUCGGCUCAUGAACUUCCUUGAGGCAAUCCACAAACAGACUUACUCCACCGAUUCUGCAUCAGAUAGGGGAACUCUUCACUACUACAGAAACCUUACCAAUGCAAGAGGAGCAAAGGGGAAAGUAAAGAAUGCGUACAGGGAUUAUAAAAUGCUGUACAACGCCGUCCUGGAUGCAAUUUGUAGCUUGAUAUUUUUGAAAGAAUCUGGAAUGAAUGAUUUGGAGGGAGACUUUCUUUUCCCAGAUGAUUUCCCUAAUUUUUCAUCUAGAGACAAAAUCAUGUGGUUUAAUGAUCUGAUAAGGCCAAUGAUUCAGAAAUACUUUUUUGAUUCCAAAACAGACAUUUUUGAUAACAUGAGGGAAAUUGUAAGUGACCAAACACAUCCAGAAAAUUACUGGAUUUCUAAUCUUCAGGACGGCCGUUUCAAGUGUCAUCAUUGUGACAAAACAUAUGCUCAAGUUGGCAGUUUACAGGUUCAUGAGAAGAAAAUCCAUCAAGUAGAUAUUCCCAAACCAAGGAAGAAGAAAUAUGUACCAGAGGAUGAGUUAUAUGACUACAUUUUAAGUGUAUUCAAACUUGUGAUUUUACACAAAAAUUUAGACACAGCAGUAGAUAUGGCCGAUGGACCAAGAAGUGUGAGAUCAGCAUCAUAUGAACUACCAUUAUACAAUAAAACUAACAAAACCAAGUAUUUAAUUGGAUCGAUACAUUUGGCUGCUCUUACAAAAGAAGGAACUCUUCCCUGUGAACUGCGCGAGACUCUUAUUGCUAACCGAUUCGUUAAUCUUCAGGGUGGACGAAGUAACAACUUAGCUUUAGAUGAAUAUGUAGAACUUCUAAAUAGAGACAGCAAAAUAGUUUGCAAUGGAUACCAAACGAAAGAGAGUAUCAUGAGACACUCCAAGGAAUUCCCAUUACUGGUGAACUUCGUCAAGCAUUUAGAAGCUGUGUCAGACAUUCGGGGUCGAAAAGGAUUUCACACCAUUCCCUCCUACAAAGGAGACGUUCAAAGAAUUUUGAAAGACCUCCAAGAAAUAGAGGCACUGAGUGUACAUCCUGGCAGGAAAUUACAAUGCAGGAAAUUGACAUGUGACAAAGACAUUUACAGAUAUUGUGAGCAAGGUCUGUCAAACCUCAUAUAUAGACAUCAGCCUGUGUCUCCCUAUUGUCGUCUACGAAAUCCUACAUUUUGA